GUGCCUACUGUCGCGGAUCUGUGGGCCCUGGACUGCCGAGAAUUCUGGUCAACUUCCCAGCGAUUUGGCAGGACAGAUCGUGCCGGUGUGCGCUCGUUGCCCAGUACUUCACGCUCGUGCGCCUCGUCAGGCUGAUACAGACAGGUGACGAGCAGGACUGUGCCAAGGGUGCGCCGGCGCUCUACUCCACUCUCGAGGUCGUGAGUAAGACUUUGCUGAGGGAAAUGAUGGCCUCGGCGUUCAAGAAGCACUUCGCCCAGAUCGUUCCUGUGUACCCCUCGUUGGCCAACACCGAGUGCAAGCCUGCUAACGGCAAGUACACGUAUCCUAUCGUCUUCCCUUCGGCUGAGCUCGCUAAAGCAUUCAUCGCUGAGGCUCGCGACAAACCUCCGUACUGGUGCGACAACAAAGAUAGCAUGAAGCGGCACACUUUGCGAGUUGGUUCCGAUCAACCUCUUCCUGUUCGUCUGAAGAAGAUUGCUUUGUCUAAAUCGUGGGCCGUGGCGAAUCAACUCUUGCAUGAGCAUGGUUGUUGGCGCUCACACUACAAGUUGGGCACUGACCCUUUCAAAGGCACUGUGUUCCUGGUGGACAAUGACGAGUAUGUCAAGUUGGUGCAGCUCACCAAUGUUGGUGGGGAUCUAUCAGGUGACUUCUCUGUGGAGCCGUUCGCCACCAAUCUCAAGGACCUGGGCAUCCCUGAUGCGAAGAUCGCCUCGUUCGGCGAGCGGGUUGUGUGGCUGACGACGGUCAACCUCGGUCUCUUGAAGAUAGUGUUGCUAGUCUCCGCAGACAUUGGGCUGCGGUACAUAGAGCACCACCUGUUCCUUCGGCUGGGCGUCAGGUGGGUCGGCUUCGUCAUGCAGCCCAAGAAGAACAGAGUGAGCAGGAAACCCAUGGGGCACCUGGCGAUGCUGACGCACUGCGUCAUGACUUUCGUGGAGCGAAUCUUGGGUCCCAUGACCGUGUCUCUGAGAUCGCAG